ACGCGGAAGUCGACGACACGACCCAAGCGAACUCAGGUUGUUUUUUUAAAACUUCUAAUGCUGGAUUGACAUCAACAAGAGGAUUUAUGGGUUUGGCUCUCGUCGACAUGCUAACGGCUAUAACCAUCCCCGUGCUACUGCUCCUCUGCGUGCACGCGGUAGAUGGCGCAGAGAAACGCUCGGAUACGCAGACCGUGUCCGGCAGUGUCGUGCUGAAGGAGGGAACCGAUGCACUGAUCGAGUGCAACGUGACGGGGGUCCGCAGUGAUGUCAGGUGGUACGGUCCUGGCGGACAUCUGCUGGUCGAGGUCCCAGGUGGUAAGUGGCUUAUCGAGGAGACGGGGGAACUCAACAUCACGGCCGUCUCCUUCGAGGACCGCGGCGGCUACACGUGUGUGACGGAGGGCGGCAACUACAGUGUGACCAUCCGCGUGGCCUACACCCACAGCGGUCUGGGCGUGUACUACGUGGGCGUGUGCCUGGCCGCCUUCUCCAUGACCAUGGUCCUCAACAUGGCCCUGCUGGGCAUGGUCCGGAGCCACCUGAAGAAGACGGAGCGGGCCAUCAACGACUUCUUCCGCACUGAGGGCGCCGAGAAGCUCCAGAAGGCCCUGGAGAUCGCCCGCCACAUCCCCAUCGUCACGUCGGCCAAGACGCUGGAGCUGGCUAAGGUCACGCAGUACAAGACCAAAGAGUUUGCGCGGCACAUGGAGGAGCUGGCCCGCAGCGUCCCGUUGCCACCGCUCUUACUCAACUGCCGCGCCGGCGGCGAGGAGGCGGGUGGCGGCGAGCCUGCACAGAGUGGGAGGGAGGUACGUGACGACGGGGCGGCCGCAGCGGGGUUGAUGGCGGGGGGUGAGCGAGGAAGCGAGGAAGACCGCGCGGAUGUGUCGGUUCACUCGGCGUGAAGAGGACGAGGCUCUCGUCAACGAACUUUGAUUAACAAGCAUACAGUCGUGCUUUGAAAUGAAUGGAAAUGCAACUAAUACAUUCCAGCGCAACCAAAAAAACACUCACAACGAUGAGAAAAGUUGCACUCUACGGUCAUUUUCCUGAUCAAAACAUACAGUAAUAAAAUGGUUAGAUUGAAUGUAAAGAAUUAAAGAGUUUGUGCAUCAUGAUAAUUCAAUGGGCAUUGUGUUGCUCCUUCUGGUGUGCACGCCUUGGCCAUGGGGGCAAGUUCAACCUCAAUUCCAAUGAAGUUGGGACGUUGUGUUAAACAUAAAUAAAAACAGACUACAAUGAUUUGCAAAAUUAUUUUCAACCUAUAUUUAAUUGAAUACUCUACAAAGACAAGAUAUUUAAUGUUCAAACUGAUCAACUGUAUUGUUUUUAGCAAAUAAUCAAUAACUUCGAAUUUUAUGGCUGCAACACGUUCCAAAAAAGACCUGUAUCCCAUUGAAAAUGGGUGGCGCAUUAUGAAGCGUAAAAUACGACGGCGGAGACCCCGGACUGUUGAACAGCUGAAGCUGUACAUCAAGCAAGAAUGGGAAAGAAUUCCACCGACAAACCUUCAACAAUUAGUGUCCUCAGUUCCCAAACGUUGAUUGAAUGUUGUUCAAAGAAAAGGUGAUGUAACACAGCGGUAAACAUGACCCUGUCCCAGCUUUUUUGGAACGUGUUGCAGCCAUACAAUUCUAGGUUAAUGAUUAUUUGCUAAAAACAAUCAAGUUGAUCAGUUUGAACAUGAAAUACCUUGUCUUUGUAGUGUAUUCAAUGAAAUAUAGGUUGAACCUGAUUUGCAUUGUAUUCUGUUUUUAUUUAUGUUUAACACGUGCCAACUUCAUUGGAAUUGGGGUUGUAUGAUACUUGUGUUCAAAUUUAAGUUCAAAGGUUUAUAAUUACCUUGACAUCGGUGCUAGUUUCGUUAGCCCGUUUAUGGUGUUUUGUAUUGUGUGAUAGCAUCAAGCUAGCGGACCUACGUAAGUCAACGGUAAUGUGGUUUGAAUAAAUACACAAUUUGUAAUUGUCGUUGCUUUGUGUUCAGUUUUACAGGAAACUUGCAGCAGGAGUGACAAAAAAAUGGCUCAAAGCAUCUUUUUUUUCCGAAGACGUGUUCACUACCUGCCAAACUGCUGUUUGUUGUGAAGUUCGCUGCUUCGAGCUAGAGCGCGUAACUCAAAAAGAUUAGGAGUUUUUCCUUAUAAAUAUACGACUUGUGGAGGGGGAAAAAAAUACUUCCUUAAAAAGUAAAUACAAAAUUAAAAUGAAAAUAAAAAAGCUACAUACUGGAUGUUUUGUGUUCUUGAAAAUAUGACUUUAUUCUUGUAGAAUUAGUUGUCCUUUUUUUCUUUCCCCAACAAAAGAUUUUUUCAAAUGUAUUAGGGUGAUUUUAUAAUGUAA